AUGAAUACAUCACGAAACUCUAAUACACCAAUAGCAAUAUCUAGAGAUAUUUUCAUACCCUCGAUAUAUGAUGGAAUUCUUCUAGAAGCUAGAGUUACAUACUUUAGAAAUCCCAAAGUUAUUAAGGUUAGCGAGCUGCAACCUGUAAAUUCUGUUGUUAUUUCUCAUCCAUAUGGGCCGUUAGGAGGAAACAAUGAAAAUAAUGUAGUUAUAGCACUCGAACAUUUCUUUUUACGGCGAGGAUAUCUCACUGUUGCUUUUAAUUUUCGAGGAUCCGGUAAAUCACAAGGUCGUAAUACUUGGAGUGGAGAAGCCGAAGCAGGAGACUAUAAUACAAUGCUCCAAUUUCUAGCUAAUUGUGGCAAAGAUCUCAACAGCAGUCGAAUAAUAAUGGAAAUACCACCAAUUAAAGAAACAAUAGUAGCAGGUUACAGCUACGGUUCGCUGAUUGCCACUACACUCUCAUCCAUCACAAAUACCUCCAACACAUCACCAUUCCCGUUCCCGAUAUCAUUUAUAUUAAUAAGUUACCCAUUAUCCGUAAUUUGGUUUCUGACUUUUUUCCGUGGCUCGAAAUACUCUCAACACAUGAAAUCGUUACUUGACAAUAAUAAUAAUUGCCGGGUAUUGUUCGUUUAUGGAACAUCGGAUCAAUUUACAGGUGUUAAUGCAUAUAAGAAAUGGAUCAGGGAGAGUAAAGUUGAAGAAAGAAGUAUGUGGAGUUUAAGGGAGUUAUCUGGUGUGGAUCAUUUUUUUUUCGGUGAAGGGAUGGAGGAGAAAUUGUUACAUGUUUUAGAAGAGUGGAUUGUUGGAGAUGGGAAUGAUGUUACAUAA